CUCGAGAAGCUUGAAGAUAUCGGUGAUACUGAAGUAACGACUUUGAAUGUGAUACAGUAAGGAUAGUGUAAUAUUAAAGACACUUAAACUGAUGAUUUCUAUCAGUUUUGCGUGAAUUAUUGAACGUGGACUGAUGGAAUGUAAUACAUAUAAUAAUUUGGUGUAGAAGUAAGCGUUACAAAAGCUAGGAACCAUUGUAAAUACAACGUGCACAACCAACAUAGAAAGCAGUGAUUUUCUUUCUCAUUGAAUGAUAAGGACUAGAAAGUAGAAUAUUUUAUAAGUUGAAAAUACAAUGCGAAAAAUUUAAGUUACUGGAUUAAAAAUGCAGCACAUUGAAGUAAAUAACAGAGAUCAUAACUAUAGCGAAGUAAAAUUAGAUACUUUUCAACAUGUUAAGGAUACUACUCCAAAUGUAUCCGACAAUGAUACAAAAGCAUUGUGUAAACCGAAUAAAUCGGUGUCUGUAUCGAGCAAAGAAACAUUCGGUCAAAUUAAAGAUAUAAAUGAAUUGAAAAAAAUAACACCACGUGUAAAAUUAUUGGCUCACGAUGCUAACAGCUUGAACGAGUUGACAAAAAUUUCUUUGCACAAUAAAAUAUCUGCACAAAAGAAGUUGGUGAUAUCAGAGCAAAUGAAACAGGAAUUAAAGAAGUACUGCAGGACCUGUGCAGGUUUGAAGCUUCCCCUGGUUGAUAUUUUUAGUGAAAAAGGCAUUCAAAUGAGAUUGAGUCAACAAAUUAAGCACUUAGAAGAAAUAAAUCCGUAUGAUAGCUUAUCAACUCAAAUGUGCAUGGACUGUAUCUGUGACUUAAAAAUGAGCUAUAAGUUUUUUAUGCAAAUUAAAAAAGCAGAAGUUAAAUUAAAAUCUAUUCACAUUUCUCUGACAGAUACAGCAACAAAAAAUACAGAAAUAAAAAGUACAGAAACAAGAAGCAUAGAAACAAAAAGUACAGAAACAAAUAAGGUGCAGUCUGUAGCAAGAGUUGAAAAUUCAGAAGUGCAGAUAGAAAAAUGUGAAGAACGCAGUAAGAUUGAUCCAUCAACUAGUAAAAAACACAAUGAACAAAUGCCUCUGCAAAAAUUGACAUCAACUUCUUUGAUGAAAGAAGAUCAAAAGUGGUCGGCGAAAGUUGAUACCAUGGAUAUUGUUGAAGAAAGAGAUAAUAAUAUUAAAAUAGAAAUUUUUGAAGAUAUAACGGUUCAACAUAGCGAUGACAAUGAAUCUAUAGAAGAGUUCGAUCCGGAUGAUCCACCUUUUCAACCUGAUAGUUCUGAUGUUGCCGAGUCUGAUGAUGAUAUAGAUGUAGAAAUGCCAAGUGCAAAAAGAAGACAUAUUCAGCAAAAGGAAAGUACUGACAAGCACUGUUUACAGCCAGUUCUUGUUUGCGAUAAUAAUUCAGUUUCAGAUAAGAGAAAUACAGAGUUGAAUCAAACAACGUACAAAUAUGAUACAGCGCUAAAUGCAUAUAUCAAAGUAGAGAGUACAGACAAUGGUAAUUGUACUACUGAACCAUACAGCAUUUCUAAAUCUGAAUCUAUGUGUAACAGUGACAGUACAAAAGAAUCUUUGAAACAACCGAACAUAUUAAAACGAAGACUUUUAUUACAAACAAAGAAAGAAACUACCGAAGAAACAGAUGAGAAUACUUGUCAGUCUAAUAUCCCUGACAAAAAUGGGAGUCAUAAAGAUGGUAAAGUACAAAAAAUAGAUUUACACAAUCCUUUGAACAUUAAUAGUAAACAGGAAGAUGGUAUCAUGUAUGUAACUGUUAAGGGUUCUAAACCAAACGAACUGUUAUUAGUUAAAGUGAAGAAAAUGGACAAGCCGUUAGAACUGAAAAAAGAAGAUAAAUUUUUGGUAAAGAAAGGCUUUGAUAUCAAACCCAUGGAGAAAAUCUUGAAGCGGUAUGAAACAUUAGUUACAAAAGAAAAGGAUCUAUUUCCAGAACGGACAAAAAAGUCUGAAAUAAGAGAGCAAAUUAUCGAAGAACAAAUAGAAGAGUACAAGAAGAAACGAGAGAAGGUACUAGGAGGUCAUGCUAUUUCGCUUCCUCUAAAAUUCGAAGAAACUCAAACCCGUUUCGUGAAGCGUAAUGAAACAACUCCAGAGAAUCAAAAGCCUUCUAUCCCAGCAGAGAGUGAAACAAUUGUAAGUAUACAAAUUGAAAAGGAUAAUAAUGAUACCAAUGUGAGUACUGUAAAAAUUGAAAAUGACACUCCGGAAACUGCAGAACCUGUAAAAGAAAAGCCGCUUAAUGAAAAAACUUAUGUAAAUACCGAAGAAUAUUUAGCGCGUUUAGCAAAACUGAAGUUGAAGUGGGAAGAAGCUAAGAAGAAGAAAGAGUCUCUUCAAAAAGAACUUGAUGAAUCGUAUACAGAAGGAAAUAUUGAAAAGUUAGCAAGAAUUCUAGGGGAAAAAGAAAAAAAUUUACAAGACUUUCAAGAUUACCUGAAACAACGUAAAAUUGUCAUUACAAGGCUGAAAGAUGAAGAUAUAAUAUCACUUUACGAGGAUAGGAAUAAUGCUGUGCUUAAAAACAGUUUGCCUGAUUUAAUAGAUGAAAGUCAACCAGCCGAUUAUAUUCCAGAAGAGCAUUACUUGGAAUGCGAUUACUGUCCAGAAACAUUUGCUUCUAAGGACGUACUUGAGGAACAUUUGAAAAUACACGAUUAUAAAAUUAUGCAUUUUUGCGAGGACUGUUCGGAAGAGUUUCCGACAAACAAAGCGAAACGAAAUCACAAUGUGGUCUGUAUAAAAAAAUUAUUGUGUAAAUAUUGCGACACGAUAUUAGAUUCAAAGGGGAAAAAACGGCAACACGAACAGAAGCAUUGCGACACUAUGUAUGGGCAAUUGUGCGAUGUAUGUGGUGAAAAAUUUAAACAUCAAGGAACAUUAGAUCAACACGUGAAAACACAACACAUGAGUUGGGAAAAAAUAUUUGAAUGCCCGAAGUGUCCUAAGAAAUUCGCUUUCAAGCAGAAACUUAGUUUCCAUCUGAAAUCUGUGCACACAACCUUAAGAGCCUAUUUGUGUGAAGAUUGUGGAGCGGAUUUUAAGAAUCCUGCAAGUCUUCGACAUCACAGGAUACGCAAACACCAACCAGUGGGCAAUAAACGAGAGUGUCCAGUUUGUCACAAGUUGGUGCCAUUUUAUAGUCUUUCGAAGCACAUGCAUACACAUAAGGCAUACACCAUUCAGUGUCCGCACUGUGACAAAAUGUUUAAAAAUAGUUCAACUUUGAAACAACAUGUACGAAUUCACGAAGAUCAACGUCAGUAUCGGUGCGACACGUGUGGCGUUGGUUUCAACAGACGUGACGGCUUAAGAUUGCACAUGAGAGUUCACGAAAAAACUGACAGCAGAGGAUUGAAAGAAUGUUCGUGUCAAGUCUGCGGCGAAAAGUUUCCGAAUCAUUCGACGCUUGUUAUACAUAGAAAUCGAGUUCAUAAGGAUGGCAGGCAGUAUACGUGUCAUAUAUGUAACAGAUCGAUGAUUUCGACCAGAUCAUUAGAAUGGCAUAUGUCUCAUAUACACAACGAAUCCCUUCCUGGUAUGGUGAAAGAGGAUGUAGAUGGUACGCCAGACAAGAAAAGAGUGUCGUGUUACCAUUGUAAUAAGACAUUCAAAACAGAAAUGAUUCUGAGAACGCACAUUAAAAACACUCACAUGGAGAAAGAUCCCAUGAAGUGUUUGGACUGCGAGCUGACAUUUACUUCUGAGGUUAGAUUAAGACACCAUAUGAUGGUGACGCAUAACAGAUUAGAAGGAACAUUACCCUGUCCGCAUUGUCCGAAGAGAUUUGUGAAUCAGCUUAGAUUAAAAACACAUAUGAUAUCUCAUUCCGAGGAAAGGCCAUACACCUGUGAAAUUUGUGGAUUUAAUUUAAAAACAAAGAUACAAUUGAUUAAACAUCAUCAGAAUAGACAUAGUGAUGAGAGGCCUUUACAGUGUAGAUACUGUCCAUGGAGAUGUAAGCAAGUCAGUGCUCUUGUUUGUCAUGAAAGAACACAUACGAACGAACGACCAUACUCUUGCAGUGUAUGUAGACAACGUUUUAAAUACUUAGGUGAUAAGAACAAACAUGAAAGACGACACGAAAGUUUAGGAGGGUCAGGUUUCAAAAGAACAGUGCCAGGUCGAAAUAUUAAACCUAAAGUCCAAGAAGAUUCUUCCUGUUCUGAUCAGGAGCAAGAAGGCUUAACUAGUACAGAACCUCAAAGUCACGAGGGAGAAUACGAAGAACAGUCGGAUCAACAUUUUAAAGAAGAAGAGAUAGUUAAGUUUGAAGAACAAGAAAUAACAGAAGAAUACGAACAAGUGUACGAACAGGAGUACGAAGAGACGUCCAGAGAAGCUUCAGAUGCAGCCGAAGUUAUAAUGAAUAUGGAAGAUACUACUGUUUAUACGGAAGAAGUGACUGCAGAUAAUAUCGAAUCCGCAGAAAUAAUGGGAGAUGAAAUCAUGACAAAUGAAAUACUACAGUCAGGUGCUGUGGUUCAUUUGCAACAAGAAGAUGAUUCAGGAAAAAUACAAGUGAUCCCAGUUAUGUUGUCCUUGCCUGAUUUGUCUGACACCAACACUGAGGUUAAUUUAGCCACAGCAUCAAUUAUGUAUAAUAAUUGAAUUUAAUAUCGCAUUUUUUAUUUGCGAUAUUCCUUGUAAAAAGAACUUUUAUUGUGGUAAUUAAAGCUUAAACACAGUUUUUAA